AGAACUCAAGAUUUUAACCUUGUUUUGGGAAUACUUUUCGUAUAGUUUUAAUAUUCGUAUACGAAGACAAAUGACUAAAAGAAGAAAAAAACAUUAAAUUCAUCUUUUUAAUUAAACUAAAUAGAAAAAAAAGGCAAAACAGAUGUCUCAGAUACCAUCUAAUAUGAGAAAAGUUCCAGUUCAUAUUUUAGAUGACCUUAGCUCAAAAUUUCUCAUUAAUUUGCCCGAUGGAGAGAAAUCUGAUCUCAUACGUUUAUUUUUUCAAAUCGAACUUGCACAUUGGUUCUUUCUGGACUUUUAUUGCACUCAGGAAGAGAAUUCAGUGUAUUCAUGUGGAAUCAAGCAAUUUGCUUUAACUAUUUUCGAGCAUAUUCCAUUUCUAAACCAUCAUAUCGUUGAUCUCAACACAAUAUUGGAGCAGUGGCGAAGCUAUAAAAUGUCUGUUCCAACUUAUGGAACUAUUUUAUUAACUCCAGACAUGAAACAUUGUCUUCUUGUGCAAUCAUUCUUUGCAAAAAACUCUUGGUCAUUUCCUAAAGGAAAAGUUAAUGAAAAUGAGGAUCCAGUUAAAUGUGCCAUUCGCGAGGUUUAUGAGGAGACAGGAUUUGAUUGUAGCAAUUUGAUCAAUCCAAAUGACUUUGUGGAAGGACAAACAAGUAAUUAUCAAUACACACGAUUGUAUAUUGUCAAAAAUGUUCCAAUUGAUACGAAAUUUUGUCCACGAACACGCAAUGAGAUUAAGGACUGCUCAUGGUUUGCUAUUGAUCAAUUGCCGAAUAAUCGAAACGAUGACGGAUACAUUAAAGACCAACGCAAAAUCCGAGCCAACUCUUUCUUUAUGAUUCUGCCUUUCAUUUCUAAACUUAAGCAUUGGAUCAUGAACGAGCGGGGCUCUUAUGGACACAACAAGAAGAAACAUCAAGGCCAACGAAAUGGAAACAAAAAGAAUUUGAUUUUUACAAAGCAACCAAGUUCACCAUUCUUCCAAAGCAAUGUCGAUCAUCAAUUUCGUAAUGGAAAGCAAAGGAAUAAAUCGACAAGUGAUGUCAUUGAUGUUUUUAAGAAUGGGAACGGCAAUAACACUUAUUAUAACGAUCACUUGAAGUUACAACCAAGAACCUCGACUCCCAUCAACAGUCCUUUUGCACAAUCAAGCAGUUCUGCUUUCAGGCCAACGAACAGUGAAAAAAAUGGAAAAUUCAACAAGAAAUCGAAAGGAAAUGGAAAAAUUAAUCAAUUGCAGUCACAAAAUAGAAAUGAAAAGAAAGUUUUCAAUGAUAUCAAGGAAAAUAUUCAACCGAUUGUAAAUGUUAAGCCAUUCGCUAUGGAUAUGCCGGAAUGUUGGAAGAAUUUUAAAUUCGAUCAUCAAAAGCUUUUUAGUAUCUUGUAGAAAGGAUUGUUUAUGCAAUUCUUGACACUCUGCUUAAAACAUACCAAAAAAAGAGAUAACAAAAAGAAAAAUCGAAAAUAUGCACCAACAGUGACAAAUUAUAUCAUAUUUGACAUAGGGAAAACUUGUGGUGGGAUUAAGUAAAGUAAAGUUGAAUUCAAAUAUGCAGACAUCAUUAUGGUCAUAAUAUGAAAACAAAUCAUCAGAAUGAAUAAAAUGUGGCCUGAAAACCCACCACAUGCAUCGAAAUCAAAACUAUUUUGUUAUUUUACCUGUCAUAUUAAAAUUUUAUUUUCAGCCAUCAUUAGACGAAUUUUGAAUCUCAUUCAAUUCAGAAAAGAGUUGAUGGUAUUCAUCUACUCUCUUUACUUAUUUUCAUCAUUUUAGAUUUAUUUGAAUGUUAGAAGAAUUCUAUGAAAAUAGAAAAAUAUGAAAAUAGUCGAUAAAGCAGAAUAAAAGAUUUUGAAUGUUAAGGUCAGAUCCCGUUUAAUCGGGAUUAAAACUAAAUCCUGAUCAGUUGGCUUAAUAAACUUAAUAAUUUCAUAAACAUUACAUGAUAUGGCAUUGAAUUAAUUUUGAAUAAUUCACUACAUGUAAUGUAUAUUCGUAUUUUAUAGAAAUAAUUAUUAUAAACUGUAUUUUAAAACUUUGCUAUUCCUUGUUUCAGUUCUUUAAAUCUAACAUAGCACA